AUGGCUAACGUUCAAUUCGGAAUGCAAGUCCAAAAUUUUAUUAAUGCCUUAAAUAGGGCGAAUAUAUUCCCCGCACAAUAUGAUAUAAUCCACUCUCAUUGGCGUUCAACACAUUUGCCGGGUGGGCUUCAAUAUCGAAGACGCCGACAAGUGAACUGUCAAACUUUAUGCCGUAUAAGUGUAAUGCAAGAAGCACGCCGACUUGGCAUUAACAAUUAUAAUGUAAUAAGAUUCACCACCUUUAGGCUAUGGGCAGAAGCCGAUGCAGAUGAAAGACAAAGUUACGUUAAUUUAAAAAACCAAUUAAAUUAUUAA